AAACGUAAUCAUUACACGUUAUAAAGUGCACGUUGGAGAAAGUUGUCCCCAUGUUGUCAAGUUAAUCAUAAAAUUAUCCAUUAACAAUUUUUUUGAUAAUAAAAUAUACACGUAGGUAAUAGGUUUUGUGCGAACCAUUCUUUCAUUGACGUAUGUGAUCAGUUUAAUACGUAGUUGUAAAAUAUUCGUAAAAUGGUUGUACAACAACAAAAUAGUAGCAGAAAAGAAUUUUACGAAGACGAAGUUUCCGAAGGACCAGACAUGGGUCACCCCGUGCAGAUUGUGAGGACCUUAUCAGAUCACACCUUCGAACUAGAUGAGGCGGCCCUUUCCGAAAUUUUGAACCGCCCUGAACUCAAGGACAGGGCAGCCGUGGUCGUGAGCGUGGCUGGUGCCUUUAGGAAAGGAAAAAGUUUUCUACUGGAUUUCUUUUUGCGGUACAUGAACUCUAAGUAUGUGAACCGAGAAUCAUCAGGAGAUUGGUUAGGAGCUGAAGAUGCGCCCCUCAGCGGUUUCUCAUGGCGCGGGGGCUCCGAAAGAGACACUACAGGGAUCUUGAUGUGGUCUGAACCAUUUUUGCAUGAAUCGGCCAAUGGACAAAAACUAGCUGUACUACUUCUGGAUACCCAGGGGACCUUCGACAGUGAGAGCACAGUCAAAGACUGCGCCACCGUAUUUGCUUUGAGCACAAUGUUGAGUUCUGUACAGAUAUACAAUUUAACACAAAAUAUACAAGAAGAUGAUUUGCAACAUUUGCACCUUUUCACGGAAUAUGGCAGAUUGGCAUUGGCUGAUUCGGGACAGAAGCCCUUCCAGAGAUUGCAAUUCCUGGUUCGGGACUGGAGCUUUCCCUACGAGGAACAAUAUGGUGCUGUGGGUGGACAGAAUUUGCUACAGAGGCGGAUGAAAAUAUCAGAAAGACAGCACCCAGAACUACAAUCUCUACGCAAGCAUAUAGCUUCCUGCUUCACUGAAGUGGCCUGUUUUCUGAUGCCUCAUCCUGGUUUAACUGUGGCCACAAAUCCGAAUUUUGAUGGUCGACUUACAGAUAUAACGCCCGAAUUUAAAGACUCUCUAAAAGUAUUCAUACCGAUGCUAUUGGCUCCCGAAAACUUAAUUGCAAAACGUAUAAAUGGCGUACCAGUCAAAUGUAGAGAUCUGGUGCAGUAUUUCAAAGCAUAUAUGUCAAUUUAUAAAGGAAAUGAGCUUCCCGAGCCUAAGAGCAUGCUUGUGGCUACUGCGGAAGCGAAUAAUCUAUCAGCUGUAGCUGAGGCUAAAGACAUGUACACACAAUUAAUGGAAGACAUCUGUGGAGGCAGCAAACCAUAUUUAAGUACUGCACAUUUGGAAUCUGAGCAUUUGAGAAUAAGAGAUAAAGCAGUUGGUACAUUCAUACAAAAAAGGAAAAUGGGUGGCUCUGCCUUCUCAGAAAACUAUAGAAUUAAAUUGGAAGCGGAUUUGGAUGAAGCAUUUGAACAAUUCAAAGGACAUAAUGAUAGCAAAAAUAUAUUUAAGGCAGCUAGAACUCCUGCAGUAUUUUUUGCACUGCUCAUUCUUAUGUAUGUUCUAAGUGGAGUCUUUGGAUUGGUUGGUUUGUAUGCAAUUUCCAAUAUCUGCAAUUUUGCAAUGGGUGUCGCACUUCUGACUUUGGUUCUAUGGGCAUAUAUUAGAUAUAGUGGAGAACUUACAGAUAUUGGUGUCACUAUCGAUGAAAUUGCAAAUAUGAUAUGGAUAAAU